AUGAGUUCACAGCUACUUCCCGUCGCAUCACUCUCUACGACAUCACGAUCUUCCUUAUCACCGUCAUCUUCUCGCAUCCAACACACACUCGCUCAAAGAACCCACAUUCCAGCUCAUGUUUACAAACAUCCAGCAGCAAUUCUCCUGGAACUCUGCACUUCCAUGGAAGAACUUCGCCAAAUCAUCCCUCUUAUUAUAAAAAAUGGUCUCUAUGAAGAACAUCUCUUUCAGACGAAACUGGUCAGCUUGUUCUGCAAAUACGGCAGCUUAACCGAAGCCACCCGUGUUUUCGAACCAAUCGAAAAUAAAAACGAUGCUCUUUAUCACACAAUGCUUAAAGGAUAUGCUCAGAAUUCUUCCAUUUUUGACGGGCUUUCGUUCUAUUGUCGUAUGAUAGAAGACGGCGUGCAGCCGGUGGUGUACAAUUUUACGUAUUUAUUAAAGGGUUGUGGCGAAAACUGUCUCGUUAAGAACGGGAAACAGGUUCAUGCGCAAUUGAUUUUGAACGGACACGAAGGCGAUGUUUAUGCCAUGACCUGUGUCGUUAACAUGUAUGCAAAGUGUAGGUUGAUUGAUGAUGCCCACAAGGUGUUUGUUAGAUUGCCUGAGAGAGACUUGGUGUCUUGGAACACCAUUAUUGCUGGAUACGCUCAAAACGGUUUUGCAGGGAGAGCAAUUGAAUUGGUCUCACAGAUGCAAGAUGAACAACUGAAGCCAGACCCCAUCACCAUAAUCUCAGUACUCCCAGCUGUUGGUAAUCUUGGCUAUUCAACAAUCGGAAAAUCAAUCCAUGGCUACAUUUUUAGGUCAGGAUACGAAUGCCUUUCAAAUGUUUCAACAGCAUUACUCGAUAUGUAUCUAAAAUGCGGAUCUUUAAGUACUGCACGCGUUAUAUUCGACAAGAUGAGUGUUAGAAACGUGGUCUCAUGGAAUAUAAUGAUCGAUGGCUAUGCAGAAAGUGGUGAUUCCAUGGAAUCACUGAUUCUUUUCCAGAAGAUGUUGGACGACGGAAUCAAACCAACCGGCGUCACCAUCAUGGCAGCUCUCCAUGCCUGUGCUGAUUCCGGUGAUCUUUCCCGUGGCCAAUUCCUUCAUCGGUUAGCCAAUGAACUCGGUUUACAAAACAACAUUCCCCUCACAAACUCAUUAAUCUCCAUGUAUUCCAAGUGUAAACAAAUCGAAAUUGCAGGUAAACUAUUCAAAAACAUGAAAGAAAAAACCAGAGUUUCAUGGAACACAAUGAUACUCGGGUACGCCCAAAAUGGUCACGUAAUCGAAGCUUUAAAUCAUUUUCGUGAAAUGAAACUUGAAAACAUAGAGCCUGAUUCUUUCACCAUGGUGAGCAUCAUUUCAGCCAUUUCAGAAUCAUCAAUCUUACUACAAGCAAAGUGGAUCCAUGGAGUUGUGACAAGAUCUUUUCUUGACAGAAAUGUUUUUGUCAAGACUGCUCUUGUUGACAUGUAUGCUAAAUGUGGAGCCAUUAGUAUUGCUAGAAAGCUAUUUGAUUUGAUGGAUGAAAAGCAUAUAACUACAUGGAAUGCUAUGAUCGAUGGGUAUGGGACACAUGGAUGUGGAAAAGAAGCUAUAGAAUUGUUCAACAAAAUGGAAAAUGAAAACAUAAAGCCAAAUAAUAUAACAUUUUUGUGUAUAAUUUCAGCUUGUAGCCAUUCGGGGUUUAUCAAAGAAGGGGUUCGAUAUUUUUCCAUUAUGAAAGAAAAAUACGCGAUUGACCCUACAAUGGAUCACUAUGGAGCCAUGGUGGAUUUGUUGGGCAGAUCGGGCAGGCUUCAGGAAGCAUGGGAUUUCAUUCUAAAGAUGCCCGUUGAGCCCGGGGUUAAUGUUUUUGGUGCAAUGUUGGGUGCUUGCAGGAUUCAUAAAAAUGUAAAAUUUGGGGAAAUGGCAGCAGAGAGAUUGUUUAAAUUAAACCCAAAUGAUGGUGGGUAUUACGUGCUUCUAGCAAAUUUAUACGCAUCUGUUUCAAUGUGGGACAAAGUGAAUGAAAUCAGGACAAAAAUGGAAAGAAAAGGGAUUGUUAAAACGCCUGGAUUUAGCUCUGUUGAUUUGGGGAAUGAGGUUCAUAGUUUCUAUUCUGGGAGUUCGUGGCAUUCGGAUAGUAAAAAGAUAUAUGAUUUUCUUGAAACAUUGAUGGAGAAGAUUAAGGAUGCUGGAUAUGUGGCUGAUGUGGAUUUGAUGCGUGAUGUAGAAGAUGAUGUUGAAGAACAUAUGGUGAGUGUUCAUAGUGAGAAGCUUGCUAUAGCUUAUGGGCUUUUGAAUACACGCCCAGGUAACACUAUUCAUAUAAGAAAAAACCUCCGUGUUUGUGGUGAUUGUCAUAAUGCCACCAAAUUUAUAUCACUUGUGGAGAAAAGAGAGAUUAUAGUUCGGGAUUUGCAUCGGUUUCAUCAUUUCAAGGAUGGGAUUUGUUCUUGUGGGGAUUAUUGGUAG